GCACAUAGGGCAGUGAGACUCUGUGCGACGCGCUCAUCUCACUCGUCCUUUCAAACGCAAUGAAGCUGAUAUUUCUCACUUUGGCGGCUUUCUUCACCGGCAGCAGUGACGCUGCAAAGUUUCUUCGGGUGCCACAGGAUCCCUUUGAUGAUGGCCAAGACCAUGACAUAGGGACCGACCCCGAUUACUAUGAGGUAGAAGCUGAUGCUGAUGACCUAGACCUUGUGGACCAUUCAGAGACUGAUGAAGGAGAAGAUGAUGGUGAGGAGGAUGCGUUCGACCAUGGAACCGCUGAUGACCCAAUGGGCUUGGCGGAGGCGAAAGAAGGUGAAGAAGAGGAGAACGAUGAUAGUCUCGACGAGGCUGAUGCUGCGGAAUCCACUGAAUCUUCAUCCACGGACUCUGAGAGCGUAGACGCCUCACUGAUUCAGGAGAGUGAGGAGGCUGAUCAUGAUGAUGAUGCCGCGGAUUCCACUGACGAGAGCGUGGAUGUCGAUGUCGAUGCUGACACCACGGAAAUGCAAUCCUCUUUCCUUCAGGAGAGUGAGGAGGCAGAGUCCGAAGAUGCGGAUGAUGCAGACGAGGCAGAAGAUGCAGAGGAGGUCGAUGAGCUGACAGCCAAGCUGAAUGAGGAGUACUCGGUGCCGGACAGCGCAUCUCUGCUGCAAGAAGGUGAGGCUCUUCAAAACAUCCCACCGGAGCGGCAGUACUUGGGCGAUCUCUCCGAUUCAAAGGCCCAUCCCUAUGUCUACGAGACCCGCGAGGCGGCCACUGCGGCUUGCCAAAGCAUUGGCUACCGCGGUCUGUGCGGCAAAAGUCAAGUGAAAGGCUGGUCCCACUGUGCCUAUGGCUGGAUGGCUGACUACAAGGGUUAUUGGUUCCGGAAAUCGAAGAAAGGUUGCGGAUCCGGAAAAGGAUUCCGCAACGGCAAGAAGGUGAAAAAGCUGGGCGCCUACUGCUGUAACCUUGCGAUGAAUUCUCAGUACAUCGGCAGCUUGAAGGACCCGGAUGCAUUUCCCUACGUCUACUCCUCCCGCUCGAAGGCGGCAAAAGCCUGUCGUAAGGCCGGCUUCCGCGGCUUAUGCGCCAAGUCUCAGAUCGAAGGCUAUGUUCAGUGCGCGGCCGGAUGGCUCUCAGACGGCAAGGGCUAUUGGAUGGACCGAACGAUGAAAGGAUGCGGCAACGGACGGGGAUUCAGGGGCUGGGGAAAAGGCAAAGUAGGAGCCUACUGUUGCGCGCCCACGGCUAACAACAUCGAGUACAUUGGGGACUUGAAAGACACCAAAGCCCAUCCAUACGUCUUCUCGACCCGAAAAGCGGCCAAGACGGCGUGCAAAGAAGCUGGCUACCACGGCCUUUGCAGCAAGAGUCAGGGAUCAGGCUUCCACAAAUGUGCGGCUGGCUGGUACAGCGACUACAAGGGCUACUGGAUGUCCGAAGGAAGAAAGGGCUGCGGCUCGGGCACAGGUUGGCGAAAGUGGGGUGGGAACAAGGUGGGUGCUUACUGUUGCAACCUUGCCAGCAACUCAAAGUGGAUUGGCUCCCUGACAGAUCAAACGAAGCGAUAUGUCUACGACUCGAAAAAGUCUGCAGCAGAAGCGUGCCAUGAAGCUGGAUAUGACCGCCUAUGCCGGAAGUUUGAGAUCGAAGGCUAUGCCAAAUGUGCAGCGGGUUGGAUGGAAGACUUCAAGGGCUAUUGGUUUGAUCGCACCGCGAAGGGCUGCGGAGACAAUAGAGGCUAUCGUCCAUGGGGUCAUCAAAAGGCAGGAGCUUACUGCUGCAGCCCCAGCACCAAUGUGAAAUACAUUGGGGAUCUGAAAAAGCCGAAAAACCAUCCCUACGUCUACGAAACGCGUGAGAAAGCUGAGAAAGCGUGCAAGACGGCGGGAUACCGCAGACUUUGCUACAAGUCUGAGAUCGAGUUCCGCAGCAUCUGUGCUGCUGGAUGGCUCAAGGAUUACAAGGGCUACUGGUUUAAAGAGACCACGAAGGGCUGCGGCUCAGGCACAGGCUACCGCGGCUGGGGCAAAGGUAAGGUGGGCGCCUAUUGCUGCGAGAAGCUGGAACUGCCAUUGUGCCAUGAAGAUCAACUGUCAUCCAGAAAGGGUGUGUGGCGUUGCGAUGAUUACAGCGGAUCGACAGGAGAUGAGGCGUCUUGCAUUGAGAAAUACCAACAGAUCGAGGUAGCCGGCAAGACAAUGCACUUCAAAUGCGUCGCAAGCGAUGCUGGUGGAGGAAAGUUCAAUUGCCUUGCCGGUGACAAGUGCCAACCCAUUUUCCCUCGCGGAACCAUUGUCUGACGACAAGUGAUGACAUCAAGACCAGGAGCGGCAGAUGAGGACGCGAGGGCUUAAAAAA